UACCCACCAUAUCAUUUGACGGCCGAGUUGUGUAAAAUUGUCUACAUUUUAGAGAGAAAAUAUGAAACUCUACGCGUUUAUUUUUAUUUUCAAUUGUGUACAUUUUUCCAUGUCGUUGAACUGUUUUUGGAAUUCAUGUAAAUAUACAAAGUUUUCAAGUAAAACUCCGUAUAACUGUAUUAGGGGUGAUAUCAGGGAUUCUGCUGUAAAGCUUGACGGAUGUGAAGUUAUUAGUAUUUGGACAAUAGUAAGGCACGGCAAGCGAAGUCCAGGAGCAAUUUAUAACCUCCCUAUGAAAGACGCAAUACUACUUCGAAGUAAAGUUAAAUCCACUUAUGACAAAGGAAAUAGGUUUAUGUGUGCACAAGAUGUAGAAAACUUGAUUAAUUGGCAAGUUGACAACGAAUUGUUUGAUAAACCUCAAAGCUUAACCAGAGAGGGCUAUCAAGAAAUGUUCGGGAUUGGAAAGAGGUUAAGAGAGGCCUUUAUACAACUGUUGGACAACGUGGAAAAUGCAAGCUAUAUUAUACGAUCGGCCUAUGGAGAUUGGGUUGAAGAUGGCGUGCCCGGAUUCGUUGAAGGCUUGUCGAACAACAAGAGUAUGGAUAUUCAGUAUUUGGCUCAGCAAAAUGAUAGUUUAGCGGUUUAUUAUAGAUGUCCGAAGUACAUGAAGGAAGUUCGAAGAAAUCUUGAAACAUAUAUCGAAUUUAAUACAUAUCUUGAAACAAAGGAAUACCUCUCUGCAAAAAAGAGAAUAGAAAAUCGAGUUGGCGCGGAGCUUACAAAUGAUAACAUUAUUGGCUUCUAUGACCUUUGUCGGUAUGCCUGGUCAGCCAUCGACAAUAAACCAAGUCCCUGGUGCGCUUUAUUCUCAGUAAAAGACCUUGAAAUUAUGGAAUACGGAGGAGAUUUGAGACAUUAUUACAGGAACGGCUUUGGCAAUCAAAUUAAUGUACGCAUGGGAGAGAUAGUCAUGUCUGAUCUAUUCAAGAAGUUCGAAGAAGCAAAAAAUGGAAGUGGUGUCAAAAUUGUAGCGAAUUUUAGCCAUGCUACCAUGAUGGAUAUGGUUGUAUCAGCUCUCGGAGUAUUUAACGAUGAAAUGCUGCUCACGGGUACAUUUCGUAACGUGAAUAGAAAAUGGCGUUCUUCAAAAGUAUCUGCAUUCGCAGCGAACUUAAUUGCAGUUUUGUAUAGGUAUUGUCUUUUAAAUACGAUAAAUGUUUAA